CUGCAUCCUUUAUCUUACAUCGAUUAAUUGCCCGGGGAUGCUUCAAUAUCCGAACCUGAAACAAUGGAAGGACAAAAGCCGGCCAAACUAAGCAAAUCUUGUGUUCCGUGCCGCGACCACAAGAUCAAGUGCGAUGCUCCUGUUCGGGGAUUGCCGUGUAGUAAUUGUAUCCGCAGGUCAUGUUAUGAUAGGUGUAUUCUUCCGACAAGAAAACACCGACAGGUGAACACGGUAGAGGGUAGGAGGACGCGGGUCCGGCCGUCUCCGCCAUAUAUCCACCCAGCUCUGCCAGAGAGUGACAAGGCCUUUCCAUCUAGUAAUGCUAUGCCAAGCAGCAACUCACCCGAAUCGACAACUGUCGCCCAGACGUGUCCCUUCGCCGACAAGGCGGAUAAAUGCCGAGAUCCAAUGAAAUAUCAGAUCAGUUUGAACUACAUCAACAUUCUAGAACAAGCCGAAAGCAAUGGAACUCAAAGCCGCGAUCAAUCCAACGCCCUCGUUGAGGAGAGCCCUAACUCGGCAACCAGCUCCAGCAAGUCAUUUGGACACCCAAACAUAAUAUCUCGACAACUAGACCCCGGCGAUCAGGAAUUCCUUGUGGGCAAGGGUGUCUUUUAUAUCCCUCUCCAGCACUGCGUUGAAGCGCUUCUCCGAGCCUAUUUUGAUUUCAUUGAUCCUUUUGCGCCCAUCAUGGACAGGCCUGACUUCAUUCGUUCCUAUAUGUCCGGAUGCUACUCCCUCUUUGUGAUGCACGCUAUUCUCGCUAGUGGGGCCCUCCAUGUGUCUCUAGAUACCAUCUUAGAAUGCGGGGCUCAAAGUCGGUUGGAGGCACAGACUAGCUUCUCAUCCAAGGCGACGCUGCUCUACGACUUUGGGUGCGAGACGAAUCAUCUGCAUCUCCUCCAAGGCUGUGUAUUACUGGGAGGUGUGUUAAUUCCUUCUGCCGUCGAAAAGGAUUGCUUUUAAGAGGGGGUUAGGUUGGAUUUCUAAUUAAUACUUAGGUAUAUACUUAGGUAAGAUAAUACUUUAAUAUUAAGUUCUAGCUUUAAUUUAUUAAAAGUAAUUAGCUUACUUAUGUAACUGGU